CGGUGCGGGGCGGCGCGGCGCGCGCGGCUGCGGAGGGAGGGGACCCGGCGCCGGGAACUCAGUGCCCCACGGCCCUGUCCCCCGGCGGCAGCAAGAUGCCGAGCGCGCCCCGGCGAUCCCGAGCUCCCCGGACGCAGCUUCGCCCUGCUUGAGCGAGGCUGUGGUUCCCCGGGCUGGCUCUCCCUCUCUCUCCAGCCAAGGAAAAUCUACACACAAGAAAGCUUGAAUCUCAUCUCACCGAAUACCCCUUUUGCCCUGUGAGUGAAGGCAGGCCCUGUGGACCUCACCCUCUAGCGGUCAUCUGGGGGAACUGUCGUCCCGGGACUCCUGUGUUGGUGGUGGUGGUGGUGGUGGUGGUGGAGGAAAGAUCCAGUGUAGCACUAUGGGGUCCACCAACACCCCACUGGUCAAGGCCCUCCACAGCUCGGUGUCUGACUACGUCAACUACGACAUCAUUGUCUGGCAUUACAACUACACGGGAAAGCUGAAUAUCAGCGCAGACAAGGACAACGGCAUUAAGCUGACUUCGGUGGUGUUCAUCCUCAUUUGCUGCCUUAUCAUCCUGGAGAACAUCUUUGUCUUGCUGACCAUCUGGAAGACCAAGAAGUUCCACCGGCCCAUGUACUAUUUCAUUGGCAACCUGGCCCUGUCGGACCUAUUGGCCGGGGUGGCUUACACAGCCAACCUGCUCUUGUCCGGGGCCACCACGUACAAACUGACCCCGGCCCAGUGGUUUCUGCGGGAAGGGAGCAUGUUUGUGGCCCUGUCGGCAUCGGUGUUCAGCCUCUUAGCCAUCGCCAUCGAACGCUACAUCACCAUGCUGAAGAUGAAACUCCACAACGGCAGCAACAGCUCCCGUUCCUUCCUGCUGAUCAGCGGCUGCUGGGUCAUCUCCCUCAUCCUGGGGGGCUUGCCCAUCAUGGGCUGGAACUGUAUCGGUGCGCUUCCCAGCUGUUCCACCGUGCUGCCUCUGUACCACAAGCACUAUAUCCUCUUCUGCACUACCGUCUUCACCCUGCUCCUGCUCUCCAUCGUCAUCCUCUACUGCCGGAUCUACUCGUUGGUCAGGACUCGCAGCCGCCGCCUCACCUUCCGCAAGAACAUUUCCAAGGCCAGCCGCAGCUCCGAGAAGUCCCUGGCCUUGUUGAAGACGGUGAUCAUCGUCCUGAGCGUCUUCAUCGCCUGCUGGGCGCCCCUCUUUAUCCUGCUCCUGCUGGACGUGGGCUGCAAGGUGAAGACCUGCGACAUCCUCUUCAAAGCCGAGUACUUCUUGGUGUUGGCGGUGCUGAACUCGGGGACCAACCCCAUCAUCUACACCCUGACCAACAAGGAGAUGCGCCGCGCCUUCAUCCGCAUCAUGUCCUGCUGCAAGUGUCCCAGCGGGGAGGCGGCGGGCAAGUUCAAGCGGCCCAUCAUCGCGGGCAUGGAGUUCAGCCGCAGCAAAUCCGACAACUCCUCCCACCCCCAGAAGGACGACGGGGACAACCCGGAGACCAUCAUGUCUUCUGGGAAUGUCAACUCUUCCUCCUAGACCUGGGAACUUGCCGAGAUCCCAUUCUCCAUCCUGGAAAGUGCUCUUCCUUGGAUCAGGCAUUUGGGGGGGAAAAUGCAUUUGAGCCUCAGAGGGCUGUGAGGAAGAAGCCUGCUGCAGGCCAGAGAGAGAGACAGACAGACAGACACACAGAGAGAAACAGAGAGAGACAGAGAGAGAGAGAAAAGGGGGGGAGGCACAGCUUGGACAUGUGGGUGUGGGCUGGUUGAGUGAACAAUGCCCUGGGAAGGGUGGAGAUCAGGCCUAUGUCUGGAGCCUGUUCCCCCCCCCCCCCCCACACCCUCACACCCCAUCCUGGAGCUUUGAUUUUGUACUGAGCCAAAGGUCUAGCAUUGUCUGGCUCCUCUAGGGUUUCUCCAGCCCCUUCUCAAAGACCAAGGUCCCUGCGGCAGGUGCCUCUGGAGCUUUGAGGAGAUGUUUCCUUUCCCUCUAAUUCCAAGUGAGUGGGAAGGGAUGUGCGCUCCGUGUCUUCCCGACGCUCUGCGCGCCUGGCCCGGCCACACCCUUCCCUCUGGAGGGUCUGUUCUCUUCUAGGGAACCUGCCUGGCAGCUCACUGGGAGGUGGGUGAUGUGGCAAAGCCCACUUUCCUCCUCCUUGGUCAGCACCGUAGGCUGUGUCCGGUUAAGUUAGGCAGAAAGGAGAUGGAAAACAUUUGGAGAGGUAAAGUAAUUGCAUUCGCUGAGGCCAAAGUUUCCCCAUAGUAGUUUGGACUUUGGUUGAAGUCACUUGGGAGUUCACACACCCACCCACACACACACAAACUUUUUUCCCCCCCCAGUGAAAUGCGUUAGGCUGUCAUCUCUGUCUUGACUGUAAUCAGAAUAAGGAAGCCUUUAUCUCAAUGCUAUUGGGCAGAUUCUUUAGUACCCUGGGAGGGAAAGGGGGGGGGGGGGGGACAAAAACAAAACAAAACAAAAAAACAGAACAAAUUUGAAAAAUGAGAUUAACUUUUGUACACCAAGAGAGAAUUCUUAAUUUCUAACAAAUAGGACAUCUGUCUUUGGCACUUUUGUGUGUGUGUGUGUGUGUGUGUGUGUGUGUGUGUGUAUGUGUGUGUGUGUGUGUAUGUUUAUUUCAAAGCAUUGCGAGAUUCAUUUCAACCGACAAGAUGGCUGUAUUUUGUUGUGUUAAAAGUACUUUUUUAUGAUGUUUGAAUGUAUUUGUUUCUGCAGAGGUCGUAUUUUUU